AUGGAUGGGCGUCGCCCAUCACAAAUUCGUAACAUCAACACACGUCUUGGUUUAAAUCGCAACGCAGAAGGCAGUUGUUAUAUCGAACAUGGAAAUACAAAAGUUCUUUGUGCAGUUUAUGGUCCAUACGAGGGAAAAGCUUCGAAACGUUUAGAAAAUCGUUGUUCAAUUGUAUGUCAAUACAGUGCGACAACAUUUUCUGGACUCGAACGAAAAAAUCGGCCAAGAGGAGAUCGUAAAUCAACAGAGAUUAGUCGAUUGUUGGAAAAAGCUUUUGAAAGUGUAAUUUUGACGGACAGUUUUCCACGAUCACAAAUUGAUAUUUUCUGCGAAGUAAUUCAAGGCGAUGGUUCAAAUUUAGCUGCUUGUAUAAACGCGAUCUCACUCGCAUUGGCUGAUGCUGGAAUUCCAAUGAAAGGAAUCGCAUCAGCUGUUACAUGUGGAGUUAUUGAAGGCAAACCAAUUGUUGAUUUGACAUCAAGGGAAGAAACUGAUUUGUUACCAAGAGUCACUGUAAGUUUUUGAAUUUCGUUUCGCUGAAAAUAUAUUUGUUUUUCAGUUGGCCACGAUUUCUGGGCGUGACGAGGUAGUCCUUGUUGAACUUCAGAAUCGACUUCACAUCGAUCAUUUGAAUACAGUCAUGGAAACUGCGAAAUCAACGUGUGCUGAUGUUUACGAAUGUCUUGCUGUUGUUGCUCAACAACACAUCAGGGCUUGUGCUCCGAUUCUCGGAUAG